AAUUUUAUUUACUUUAUUUAUAUUUUGAUUAAAUUUACUUUACUUUAUUUUAUUUUUAUUUAUUUUAUUUUAUUUCUAUUUAUUUUAAUUUAUUUUAUCUCAAUUUUAAAAAAUAGUUUUCGUGGUUGAAUUAGCUCUACGCUCUCUGUUGACAAAUGUUUUACUCCAUAUACACGAAAAUCAUCUACUCACCUUCUACUUACAUCUACAGAGCCAAACAUAAAAUACCCCUAUUACAACGCCGGCAUACGUAGCGUAGCGUGCUGCUGCUGCUGCUGCUGCUGCUGCCUCUGCUGUUGUCAUCCUAUAAAAACGGCAAGAGCAGCACAUUCGGCAUUGGCAUUGGCAUUUAGCUAAUGGCGCUAGUGAGAAACUACAAAACAACACCACCACAAGUGCAGCUACUCGAUGUAGAGAAAACAACAAUACUCACAUCAACACAAUUGUUUUUAUCGGAAGCUGGCGCAGAAGCAGAAGCAGAUGAAAAAUUGCAGUAAUCGCCGGCGACGCUGCCACUACAACUACCACCACAAGUUACCGCUAUUAAAACGACAUCGCCCAAUUGUAUGGCUGUUUCGAAAAUGCUGCUUGACUAAACAUCUUCACCAAAUAAUUUUCGCGAUUCAGUUUGCUGGCAAUACUCAGACGAGGCUGACCCAGAGUCUUAUGAAAAAUAAUAAAAAUAUUCGUUUUUAAAAAUAUAAUAAUUUUUUGAAGAAAAAACUCGCGCCUUGCAUAUAAGACAUAGGCAGCAAAUAAAAGAAAAUUUUUUUAUUUUGCUAAUUUUCUUUUCAAUUUUUUGUUAUACUUUGGUUGAUUUUCUACGUUUUUGCAAAAAUUCAUUCAACAACCAAAGUGUCAAAGUCAGCGAAUUCUCUGAGGCCAGUCUCCGUCGUCAGUGCAAACAAAUUGGCGGUGAACAGAUAAGAAGCCGGUGUAGCUGAAGCGAGCGGGAAAGGAACAACAAAAAAGUUUCUAAAUACAUAUACGUGUAAUUCCGUAUAUAUUGUACGAAGAUAAAAUUACAGAAUUAUAUAUUUCAACAAAUAAAAUCUUUUAAAAACCUUGAAAGCAAAGAAAAGUUAAUUAUAUCAAAUUAAAAAAACAAAAAAAAAAAACAAAUUAAAAUAAAAGAAAAAAAUAUAACAUCAGCAGAAACACUUUUAACUAACAAAAAUAAGCAAUAAUAAAUAUAUAUGUAUGUCUACAAUAAUAGCAUAUUCAUCGUAUAACUGUGCAUAUGCCUACGAGUAAAACAAUGUGCUUGCUGUUUUGUGAAAAAGCGCUAAAAUCUAUUUUCAUAUAAUUUUAAUAUACACAAAAAGUAAAGAAAAAGCAUAAAUACUCUUAUGCUAUAUACAAAGAAGACACUAAAAUAAAUAACAAAAAGAUUAGAAAGUAAAAAACAAAAAAAUCAAAAGUAUUAAGUAGUUAAAAAAAAUAUCUGAAUUCAUCAAUGAUAUUACAUAACUUUCAGCACACAAGAAUUUUGAAAAAUUUCCAACAACAAGAAAUUGUUAAUUGAAAAACUGAGAUUGCUUAAUGCAUCCCAUAUGGUUAGCAGUGAAAGGCACUUUUACAAGCUUACAAAAACACGCAACUAUUGCUGAACUCAAAACUAUGCAAUAACUAUAAAUUUCAACUGAGCAACCAAAUAUACUACAUAUAAGUGUUACAAAAUUAUUAAAAAAAAGUUAUAAAUACAUGGAAAAAAAUACGUGCAAAUGUUAAAGUUUUGGUUAACUGUAUAAAUGUUGUUAAUUGCUUAUAUAUAUACAUAAAUAUAUACAUAUAAAUAUUGUUAAAACUGUUAGAAAGUGAAAAUUUAUUAAAAAGAAAAAACUCUAAAUUUAUUAAAAGCAAACAAAAACAAAAACUACAGAGCAGGUACCGAUGUACGUAUAACUGAGCAACAAAAAACGCAACGCUUCCAGAAAAAAAUAUCUCAUAAACAGUAGGCAAAGUUACUAUUUUUCAACUAAAAGCAUUUUAAGCAAUUUAAAGACAUUAAGGAUCAGAACAAGAGCGGCAACCAUAUUCUACACAGAUACAUAUUUUUGUGAAUUUUAUUCAACGAGUAGAAAGCAAGCUUUUACAAGGCGUAUCAACAUUUUGAAGGAAAAAUACACUAAACUAAAACAACAUAUUUUUGAAUAACUAAUUUUUUGGAAAAGAAAAAAAUUGAAAAAGAAAUAAAAAAUUUGAAAAGUGUGGCACCCACAUAAUUCUGCAGGCAGCUAAAACUCGCGCAUCAUCGCGUCACAGUCAAAGACACUCAUAUAUAAAUGUUGCACUACAAUUUAGGCGAGCAAUAUCCGCAAUUAUUGGCUACUCAACAACGCAAAAGAUAUCAGCAACACAAAUCACGGCAUCUGCAGGAGGACGAUCAGGCGCUGUUGCUACAGCAGCCGCCACAGUCACAGCAGCAACACCAAUCCUCUCAGCAGCAACAGCAGCCGAAAAAGCCUGUGCGCAUAUUUCGCGUACACUAUAUACGUCUCAAUUCCAAGGACGGUUGCGGUGGGCUCAAUAAAAGCAUCAGCCUCACCAAUCUCUCUACCAGUAGUGGCGGUGCAACUUGUGGUGGAAUAGGUGCAACAAAUGCAACAACAAAAAUGAAAACAAUUGCACCAAACAUUCGAAGGCGCCGUCGUUGUGACAAACAUCAUCUGGAAUUAGCUGCUACUGCGGCAGCUGCAGUUACCUCAAUAGGAUCGGCGGCGUGUGCACAUGGCGCUUCUAUUAGCAUGCCUGCCUCGGUAUGCUCAUCGGCUACCACUUCGACGGCCACUUCACCCAUUGAGGACAUUGCAUUGCCAGCACCGCCCAUAACGCCGCCACCGGCAUUUCUAUCGGCCGGUUAUAAGCGUUCGUGCACGACCUCGCCCGCGGCGGCGCCAGCAGGUACAACAUUAUCCGCUAGGGCAACAAAGGCUUCAGUAAAGAUGGGUGGAACUGCUGCUGCAAAGUCAUCGGCAGCGUUGGCGGCAAGUGGCAGUAAAGCAAUUCGUGUGCGUCGUUUGUUAGGUAUGUAAUUUUGAUGUCUGCUCAUUGCUCAUCACUAAGGUAAAGCUGGAUAAAAAUAAAAAUAAUUUUUUUUAAUAUAGGAAGCUCAACUAAAUCUAUGCUCAUAUAUCGCUGCUUAAUAAGAUGUUCUUGAUAUUGAAAACUUUAUAUCGGUUUUUGUAUUCAUAUGAAUCCAGAAAUGCCCGGAUUUAU